AUGAAAGAACUUAUCGUCACAAAGUCCAAGAAGGCUAUCAGAUCCUUCAAGGCUAAAGACCAAAGACCAGACCCCAUCUCUACCACCAUUGAGUCUGAUCCUGGAGCGGCACUAGCAGAACAGGUAUUGACACUAAGCCUAGAAGCAGAGGAGCAGAAAUGCGAUAGUAGGCUUGAAAGCCUUCCGCCUGAAGUCCGGCGCCAUCUUUUGUCCAUUCUGGAUUUCCCACAGCUACAGGCACUUGUUCACGCCUCACCAACCUUUCAUCAUCAAUAUCUUUUCGACCGCAACUAUGUCCUCUCGGGAUGCCUCAGGAAGACAUUGGGCAGCGCAAUUGAUGACGCGUAUGCUGUCUACAUGUUUGCGCCUCAGCACAACCCUGAGAAGGAAGUCAUUGCUGAGUUAGUGACGUGGUAUUCUGAGCAAACGCCUGUGGACAAGCUCCCUCGAGAUGCGGUUCUAAGCAUGGUUACCCUGUACUCGUAUUCUGUGAAGCCUAUUUCCGAACACUUCGCUUGCUGGAUGCUGGACGACCUCACCGCGCAGACAGGGAAGAACCCUCAGAACUACCCGGAGAAGGUUGUUCUUACCAGCACGGAGACGAUGCGAUUGGCACGAGCCAUAUAUCGCUUCCAGCUGUUUUGUGAACUGACUAGGCGAGGUGCCGUGAGGACGCCGAGGGACAAUCUCGAAGCACGAAUAACGGCUUUCUUCGAUAUGAUAGAGCCAUGGGGGAUUGAAGAGCUCUUCUCAUUCUACAAGUUUGUAUCCAGCAUAUACGACAAGAUUCUUGACGACAUCCGUUGGGAUUUACAUCCGGACAAUCCCAAGUUCGACGAUCAAGACCGACCUCCUACUCCAACUGGCGCAUUCGAAUUUGAUAGCGAGUGGGACCGGGGAAAUUAUCUGGAAGGCCUGACGCUGCGCGGUCUUCCCCUGUUACACGAGGUCAUGUUCAAUAUAAAGGACCACGAAGAUCUCGUCACCAUCAUACAGGAGCAUAUGUGGGCCGAGUACAUUCCGGUUAAUAGGGAUGAGGGCCUCUUCGGCGGAACGCAUCAGGAAAUACGCUACAGGAAUAAACCGUCUAAGCGAGAUCAGAUGCAGGAGGACCGAGUCGCGCUCCCUUUCCGCGGCGACGGCGAGCCGCAUGCACCACCGUUGGCUUGGACGAUAAUUUGGGGUGGCACCUACAGUACCUUGGUCGGGUGUUACAUCCCGGAGGAAAUACAGCGUUGGGGAUACGUCUUUUGGGAUGCGGCGACCAUGGAGCGUACUGGGGCUGCGGAACUGCUAAAGAAGCAGUGGAGGAAGAAUUGGGACGAGGAUGAGGAUCCAAGAGACGAAUUCUAUUUCCUAUUGGGGUCUGUUUACGCCGAAGACUUGGGCGGCUUCUAG